AUGAAACUUUCUAACGGAUUUCAAGUUGCGGAUAGCAGAAACUUGCCGAAAGUAGACUAUUUGAUGCUAUUAGAAUAUAUGCACGAAAAUGAAUGUUACAACAUUGCGGAAACACGCAGUGCUAAGGCAUUAUUAGCAUCACGAGAGGCAUAUGUGGAUACAGCAGUGGGGUAUGUAGAAGUCAAGAGGGAAGGAGACAUGUGUACUGUGCAGUGCCGGGUCACACCUGAACACAAAGUGAAGGCGAAGUUGUAUCAGAUCACAGCUGUUAUUAAAGAAUCUGACGAGAAGAUCGUCUCAGUAGAGUGUAACGACUGUGCUGCUUCUGCAGGAGGAUGCAAGCAUGCCAUAUGCUUUGCCAUUUGGCUCAUUAAACGAUCAGAUGAACCUUCAGUGACAUCUAUAAUUUGCUAUUGGAGUAAACCAAAACUUGCUGGAGCUGUAGGUGAUCAGAAGUUCAUCAUGGCAAAAAACAUUGGGAAAAAGAAAAGAUCUACACCAGAAAAUAUAAACAUGAAUGUUACUUUUUCAAUGUUUUCUGAAGAAUGUAAGCGGCGUAAAAUGACUACGGGAAUGUUACUAAAUUACAGUGGAAAUCAUCAGUUCACAUUAAAUGAUUUUAGUGUGUUUAAUUUAAUGCUGCAAUUUGUAAACCAAGAAGUUGAUCAUUGCUAUGAAAAAUUUAAUAUAUAUUCACAAGAAAUUAUCACUUCAGAUGUAAUAGUUAAGAUUACUGAAGAAACAAAAGAACAAGCAAAUUCAAAACUCUGGCAUUCCAUGAGACAAGGGAGAGUGACUGGUUCAAGAAUAUAUGAGUCCAUACAUUGUAAAACCCAAAAUGGUGCUUUAGUGCAAAGCAUUCUUGGUGGAUACAAGGUGCCAGAGACUUUAGCUAUAAGAAGAGGUAAGCUACUAGAAAAAGAAGUACUGAAAGAAUUAGAAAAAGAUCUUGGAGUUAUUGAGACUACAGGUUUAAUUUUGGUGUCUCCUAUUAUUGGUGUUUCUCCAGAUGGAAUUUGUAAGGAUUUCGUUAUUGAAAUAAAAUGUCCAUUAUAUGAAAAAAGUUUAAAAAAUUAUAUAAAAAACAAUAAAGUGCAAGACAAAUAUAAAGCUCAAAUGAUGCUACAGAUGCAUGCUGCAAAAAAAUUAAAGGGAUGGUUUUGUGUUGCUGAUCCAAGUUUUGAACAGACAAGACUAAUACAUAAAUAUAUAGUGGAAUAUGACAAUAACUAUGUCAUGAAAUUGUUAGAUGCGACAGAAAAGUUUUGGAAGCAAUUUAUUUUUAAACUUAUUUUGGAUAGUGCAAAA